GCGAUGACAACCUUAAGAGCAGCGGCUUCUAUGGUGGCGUCGAGCAUGUUUUGUCUCGCCUGCAUGAUAUUCGUUGUGAUGUCAUCGACUGCGGCCUGCGUGAGUGGAGGUUGGUUCGCCAUGGGGCCUGUCUUGAAAAUCAGGGUUUGUAGCGUAUUUGGUAAGCAUACAGUCUCUUGUGAAAGACUUAUCAGCAAAGGAAACCGCCUUCAAAUGAGUUCCUUACAAUGUGAGAAGAAGAAUACGACGCAUAUUGGUGGUUCUGUGUGUGACAGAAUAUUGAGAAACCUACACCUUUGGAAGCAGCGCUCUGAAUGCAUCUUACAAUGCAGAUUUCCGACAGAAUAGCCUGAAAUUGUCACUGCAUAUCUGGAUGUCAAAUAGAAAAGUUGAUUGACAUGGGAUAUAUCGCAGAAGCCAGCUGUGUCGGUUUGUUUGUGAAAGGUCGCCCACAUUUAUAACCUUUUGGCUAUGAAGAGCUCCAGCUCGAAACUGGCAGGGUUUUUCGCAACUUAACACCUGAUCAUGGUGGAUGAAUCCUCGCCCUCCCCUUCGCCCUCCCCUUCGACAUCACCGGCAGGCUUUCUAUUUAUAUGAAAAUGGCUGAGAAGAAUGGCUUUAUUUCUGGGGAAGAAAAGGUCUUUGUUGCCCUAGAUUCGGCUGCCGCUGCUGGCGUAUCCGGUGCUUUUGAUAUCUCUUGUAUUUCUCUGUAUAUCAGAUAAGCUUGGUUGAGACUAUUUGAUGUCGCAGGAAAAUUCCGGGCUUGCACUGCAUUCAACUUGAAACCAGAUCCAUAAGUUUUGAUUAACCUUGUCUUGAGCAGUAGCUGGGGAUGCUGCGUCAACUUUAGGGUUUACUCCUGAGUUAUGGUUUGAUCCCAAACUGGAGGUAUACCCUGUUUCGCUUUGUGUCCUUUAAAGAUGGACACCACGGUUAACAUGUGCUUUAAUCAAGUCUUCCCACAUGAUCUUAGUUUCCAUGUCCACAUACUUCUAUGUCUUGCAUUGAAGGAUCGCUACGAUGCUCUCUGGCAAUUUCAUAAUAAAGGCACUGAACUCACAUCAUCUUUUUAGACAUUGUCGGUACCAUUCAUAUGUGUACCUGCAGCCCACAGGCAUCGGCAUCUGGAUGGCCUGUGUAACACAUUAUUUACUUGAGCAUUUUAAGCUCGUAUUUCGGGUCUCUGUUUUCUGAAAGUGGCCAAUCUCAUACUCAACUUCCGUUCCAUCCUGAAUCAAUCCAGAAGUUUGCAGGAAGAACUAGCAGCAAAUGAAGCUGCAGAGAAGAUGGAGAUCAGGGUCGUGCCUGUGAGAGAGUACUUGGUAAAGGGAAUACCCCAAAAUGUCAGGAUGUAGAUCGUGAGUCUCUGUGUGAUACCAAGUUCAAAUAGGAUCUCACAAAGCCAUUCACUGAGUAUCUGGACCUCGUGGAAAGAAUAAGAUUAUUACGGUUACUUCUGACUGUUUUUGCCUCUUUUCUUAAAGAUUUCAGAAUCUGUUCGAGCAUGAAGCUAGAUUACUGUUAAUAUGAUCUGUUGAGCAGGAAGCUGCCGUGAUUCCAUUGCUGCUCCAUGGUUUGCAGCUACUGGCGACCGAGAGGUACGUUCAUAAGCAUCCUUUGUCAUGCCAUCUGAAAGACACGCCACAAGUUUUUCAUUUCAUGUGGCACGCAAGUUAAGUUCUCAUCGUUCAGUUUGCUCUGUCCAUUUAUUUACUCUUGUGCAAGGUAGUGGAACAACCAGUGUAGGUCACUACGCAAGAUUGCGUUGUUUUUUCAAGCGGUUCUACAAUAUUCACUUGUGUUCAUUAAUGCUACAAGUAUAGCGUAUCCAAUUCCGUAUUAAAGUUUGAUGUUGUGGCAUGACUGAGUGGUGUUCAGUUUUAUAAUCGAACAGUGUUAAAAUUCUGACGUGCUCAUGGUUUGCAAUGCAUGAAUUAUUUCAAAAACUUCGAUCUCGUUUGUGAUACAUUCAAAAACGAGAGUCGAGAGCCCUGAAUACCAAGGGUGUAUUUGGUAGACCAUGAUUUCAGUCACCAUUCAGAAGAUUAGACAUUUCAGGGUGGCUUGGAAACAGCAUUUCUUUCAGAUUGUUUUCAAAUCUACACGGUGGCCGUUGCAAUGGGUUGCUACCUUUUACUGUCCUAGUCCUGUGCAAUGUUUUUUCAUUUAAAUCUGGUUUUCUUGGGCACAAUUUUCUGUUGUGCUAGUUGGCUAUCCUUCUGCCUUGAAAAAGGUGGGUACAAGGUCUGGAGCAAACUAUUCCGAAUCUUAUGUGUGCAAUGGUCAUUUCAGGCCGGACAAUCCAGUUGAUUUUGUAGCCAAAUACUUGAUAGAAAAGAACCCUAUGGACAAGAAGGAUCUCUUAAAACUGGGAAAGGAAGUAGACUAGGAGAAGAAAGGUAAGAAACCUAAGGAAAGCAACCAAUACCAAUUAUCCGUGGUGUUCAUGCACACAGAUUAGACGGGUCUGAAAGACUUAAUUGGCUUCAGAGACUGAUUCGACUGUAAUUUCGGCCUACGUCUCUGGGUACUGAACUCUGAUUUCAGCAGGAGGAGAGGACGACGUCCCACAGCGGAAAAAACAUAAAAACCGAUGUCCCUUGGACGCGCAAUUGAGUUCUCAAUUGAACCUGUUCUACAUUAAUGAACUAGGGUUUUGAAGCAAUUACAAAGGUUGGCAUUAUAAUCGAUGUCGGUGUAAUAGUUGAUGAAUGCCCAGAAGUUUGAAAAUCCAAGCAUUCUUGUGGAUGGCGAGAGAAUCCUUCUAGCGACAGGACGUCCAGCUGCUUGGGUCUUCUCGACCGACGAUGAGGGGAGACUUCGGUAAAUAGAUUGUGUACUGGUCACAUGGUAAUGUGCGUCAAACGUGCUGGCACCUGUAAUAUCUCAGUCAUCGCAUGCGGAGAGUCAUGCAGGUCACUGGGACGAUCUGCGUCUGCGAAAUUAUAACCUCUUUUGUCGCAGAGGGUAGCUGUAAAGCUCCGCUUGACCCACUUCCGGACAAGUGAAGCGCUUAAAAAGGAAGAGUCAAUAUCGCACAUUCUCAAACGGUCCUUUCAAACCUUUUCGAACGGCCCAUUCCCCGUUUGAAAUCCGUGAAGCGACACUCCUGGAUGGUCAUAAGUUCCUUGUUCACACACUCGCCAUUUCCGCGCCGCCGGUUGUGGCAUCAAGAUCUCGACAGGCCCACCGUCUCGUGUAAUUGCAUUCAUAUUCCUGAACACAUUUAAAUUUGACUGCCGUUCUGCCUGGACCGACAGGGCGUAACUUUCUUCUUCCUGGAUGAUUUCCCUUGCGCUCGAUACAUGUUCAAAGAAAUCGGCAUUACCCCGCAUUCACCGAUUACUAUUUUAGGUAGAAACACGCAGGCUAGUUGUAUCUAACCAUGCAAGAUUCCAGGUCUGUGGUUGGGCGAUCGCGACGUCAGUUGUUGGGGUUCGUUUCUGAAAUUUUAGCCGUUGAUGAUUUCACCAUCUCCAUCGGAAGUUUCGGUUCGUGGUGUUCAUUGGUAUUCUUUUGGGAAGGUAGCGGCUGUGUGUAAUGCUCGAUAUUAGCAUUUUAUUUGGGUCAUCAGGGAAGGAGAGUGGUGUCGUGGUGGUGAGGUAGGCGGUGCACGAUCUGACUUGUGAUUCCUAUUUUAUAUUGAUCGAACUCCGCCUCUGCUACUCCAGUUAAUGUAACACCCAUGAGUUCAUCGUGUAUUCUUGCAGUGGGUCGAGUCUCUUCUGUGUCUGAUUUGCAAUGGAAUAAUCACUACAGUCCAUCAUAACUGCCUGAUGGUUAGCAACUGAUUCGACCGUGAUCAGGCUUUCGUUCUUAGGAUACACUUCUUCUGGGAGACAGCUUACGUGUUUUAGGAUGCGUUUUCUUUUCUAUUGACAUCUUGAAUAAUUGAAUCGAUCCGCCGACACGUGUAAGUAGAUUUAAGUGCCGUGUCAGCUAGAGCAAUGUGCAUCCAGUCUCUUCGCAUCCUCACUGCCUGCUUGCUGAAAUAUGCUCUCCGUAUUUGUGGUCUUCGCAGCGAUUUAUCCCCACCCUUGAGCGCUUUUUAUGUUGUCAAAACUUCAAUAGAUGCCCUUUCAAUCUUCCUCAUGCGUGGAGAUUAACUACCAUCCUGCUUGCCUCCUUUUGAUUCAUCAGGUAGAUAUUAUUGUUCCUACCAGCAAUGUCUAUGGCGGCGUUGGCUUCAACCUUUGCCACUGGCUCUAUCGCCUCUUGUCAAGUAACCCGUAAACCUCCGACAUGGAAGGAUGCAAGACUGUCCAGAACAAAUGCCCUCCCCUUCGCCAUGAACGGGGCUGCGCGCAGCAUAUCCCAAAACCUCAAAAGCGCCGUAGCAUGCAGAAAAAAGUAUAUAGUUCCUCCAGGUCAGGCGCGCUGCACUCUUGCAGCUGAUGUGUACACCAAGGAUCAGAUUGACUGCCCAUCUUGCAAGGGACUCAAACGCCCUGACUUCUUCGGAAGAUAUGGCGUCUAUGGAGGAAUGUACGUCCCUGAGACACUCAUGACUGCUCUAAGCAACUUGGAGACAGCAUAUCGUUCUACCAUCAACGACACAGAAUUCAAGAAAGAGCUCAAUGAAGUACUCAGGGACUACGUUGGCAGGGAGACUCCAUUAUACUUUGCCGAACGCCUCACCGAGCACUACAAACGUGAUGGGAAAGGCCCUCUGAUCUUUCUAAAGAGGGGGGAUCUGAACCACACUGGCGCUCAUUUGAUUAACAACGCCAUUGCCCAAGCUUUAUUAGCGAAGCGAAUUGGAAAGAAGCGUAUCAUUGCUGAAACAGGGGCAGGGCAGCACGGCGUUGCCACUGCCACUGUUUGUGCUCGCUUUGGAAUGGAGUGCAUUGUUUACAUGGGAGCUCAAGAUAUGGAGAGACAAGCCUUGAACGUGUUUAGAAUGCGUCUCCUUGGAGCUGAGGUUCGUCCUGUGAAUUCUGGAACUGCGACUUUGAAAGAUGCAACCUCUGAGGCCAUUCGCGACUGGGUUACAAAUGUGGAAACUACUCACUACAUUCUGGGCUCUGUUGCCGGACCUCAUCCUUACCCGAUGAUUGUGCGAGAUUUUCAUUCUAUGAUUGGCGCAGAAGUUCGCCUUCAGGCAAUGGAGAAGUGGGGCGGUAAGCCCGAUGUACUUUUAGCUUGUGUUGGGGGAGGCUCCAAUGCAAUGGGGUUGUUCCACGAAUUCAUCGAAGACGAUAGCGUCCGCCUUAUUGGUGUAGAGGCAGCUGGUUUGGGUGCUGAUACCGACAAUCACACAGCCACGUUGACCAUGGGAGCAGUUGGUGUCUUGCACGGCGCUAUGAGCUAUCUGCUGCAGGAUGCCGAUGGUCAGAUCAUUGAACCCCACUCUAUCAGUGCCAGCUUGGAUUACCCAGGUAUCGGUCCCGAACACAGUUUUCUGAAAGACGUUGGUCGAGCUGAAUACUACAGCGUUACUGACGAUGAAGCCCUUGAGGCAUUCCAGAGGCUGUCAAAGCUGGAGGGCAUCAUUCCAGCAUUGGAAACCUCCCACGCUCUGGCCUACUUGGACAAGCUCUGCCCCACACUUGAAGACGGUGCCCGAGUGGUACUGAAUUGCAGUGGCCGUGGUGACAAGGAUGUCAGCAGCGUCAUCGGGUAUCUAAAUGGAAAGCACUGAACUUGUCGACAAAGUCACGUGCCGUAUAGCCAAUCUGUAGGGAACGUCUCGUUUCGGCUGGUUGUGCUCUCCAAAUUUUGUUAAUGUAGGCUCCCUCGGCCUCCUAGAGAACGGCUGUACAGUAUCGGCUGUCACCAAGCUUGACAAGCCAUUGAAUACAUCGAACUAUUGCCAGGAAUCAAUUUGCUUUUGUUCCAGAUCACUAUGUGGGUACUUGGUUUACUAGUUUCAGUGAUCCUGAACGUGAGAACCGAACGUAGAAUGUUGCGUUCGGCUCACGAUUUCAGUGAACUAGCGCGCUUGUUCUCCAUCGGAAGGCCGUGUGUCUGGCUGGCUACAUCAGAACUAGAUGCUACAAAGCAUGGUUGUGAUUGAACAACCCAACAUCCCGUUACUUCUAUUCUUAUUAUUUUCUUAAGUAAAAACAAUUUAAUAAAGCAUCACCAACAAUAUAUUCCAAUCAA